UUUGAAAUGAGGAAUGGUCACGCUAAGAGAGAGAGAGAGAGAGAGAGAGGGGUGGGGAUUUAGACGAGAAAAGCUCGGCUCAAAUACCGUAAUUCUUCCCGCAAGAGCACACCCUUUCGUCUCUGUAUCAUUUUUGAUGCACACACAUAUAUGUGUGUUUGUGUGUGCGGAUAUAUGUUUUCAAUUUGAAGUCAAUUUUCCUGGAAAAAGACGGCGAAGUCGAUGCAGUAAACUAGGGCUUUGGGAUUUCUCUCACGAUUGGAACUAGUCCUGUUUUAUGAGAAGAUAAUGUUGUCGAGAGUUGAAGCUGGGAAAAGAGUUGGUGAAGAUUCAGGUAGUGGGAAACUGUUACAUGAUAUUGAAGCUAUAAGCAAAGCCCUAUAUCUUGACAAAACACGGGCAAAGAGUUCAACUUCUUCAGUGCAUAAUCGAUCUAAGUCUACUGGAAGAACUUCUUUGCUUGAACCUAAAUUUAAGCCCAAGGAUGGUAAUGGGGAUCCAUUACACAAGGACAAGAAAUCCAUUUGGAGUUGGAAGGCCUUAAAGGCUUUUACCCAUGUUCGACACCGUAGGUUCAAUUGUUGUUUCUCUCUCCAGGUCCAUUCAAUUGAAGGAUUGCCUUCUUAUUUUGAUGACCUCAGUCUUUGUGUGCAUUGGAAGAGAAGAGAUGGCGAGUUGGUGACUCGCUCAGCUAGGGUCUUUCAAGGAAUAGCUGAAUUUGAAGAACAAUUGACAAAUACUUGCUCGGUUUAUGGUAGUAGGAAUGGCCCCCACCAUUCAGCAAAGUAUGAGGCAAAGCAUUUCUUGUUAUACGCGGCAAUUCUUAAUGCUCCUCAAUUUGAUUUGGGAAAGCAUCGGGUUGAUCUCACAAGGCUGCUUCCUCUUACGUUGGAGGAACUAGAGGAUGAGAAGAGCUCAGGGAAGUGGACAACUAGUUUCAAGUUAUCAGGAAAGGCUAAGGGCGCAACUAUGAAUGUCAGUUUUGGAUAUUUAGUAAUCGGAAACAAUUCUUUAGCACCGACUGCUAACAAAAACGUUCCAGAGGUCUUGAGCUUGAAGCGAAGUAAUACAAGUACGGUGAAACCUGUGAUGAAAUUUAAUCAGAGUGAUGGUAAAGGCAUAAUACAGCGUGGUGGAGGCCUUCCUUCUAGGUCGCGUAUUUCAUCUCGUCCAGAAGAUAUAAAGGACCUUCAUGAGGUUUUGCCAAUAUCAAGGUCAGAACUUUCCAGUACGGAAAAUAUGCUGUGUCAGAAAUUUGAUGAAGAGAAAUUAGAUGUUUCAGUUGAUUAUAAGCCCGAACUUGAUGUAUUCUCUGAACCUCUAGAGCCUUUGAAACCAAAUUCCUACUUGUCUUUUGAUACUGGUAAAGAAAAUGUUGAAAAUGUCGAAAAUGAGUGCGAAGAUGGUGAAUUUUCUGUCACAGAGCAUGGGAUAGAGUUGUCCUCACAGGAACAAGUGAAAUUAAAAGAUGGCUCAUUAAAUACUGCUGAAGGUUCAGCAGUAGACAGCUUUGAUCUUUCAGGGAUUGACAGUGCUUCUGGGAUAGCCCUUGAAGAGGAUACCAAGCUUCAUCCACAGGUUGAGGAACUUGGAAGUCAUAAAGAUGAGCUUAUAUUAGAUGCCAUUUCCAAAGAGGAGGCCUUAUUAACCCAAGAUUUACUCAUGAAAAAUAUUGAGUCCACUUUAAAUAGUGUGUCAGACUUGGUGAUGGAAGGAUUGGAUUCUCAAGAAGAAAGUGAAAUUCCAUCUCCAGAUAAUAAUGCUGAGGUAAAAUCAAGUUAUAGAGAAAGAAGGAAAGGAAAGUCACUAAGCUUGGAUGCUGUUACAGAAUCUGUGGCUUGUGAAUUCUUAGACAUGCUGGGGAUAGAGCAUAGUCCAUUGGGCUUGAGUUCUGAAAGUGAGCCCGAGUCCCCAAGAGAGCGUCUACUGAGACAAUUUGAGAAAGAUACCCUCGCUAGUGGGUGUUCCUUAUUUAAUUUUGAUAUCGAAGAUGGGGAGCUGGCCAAAUUUGGUGACGAAGCUCCAAUUGGCUCUGGGUUGGAGACCUUUCCAGAAGAUUUUGAUAUGUCAUUAGCGGUUCAAGCUGCCGAGGAGAAGCAUAACAUAGCAACUCAGGCAGCAAAGAGCAAAACUUAUGCCUCAGUGCUUGAAGACUUGGAGAAUGAAACUUUAAUGCGUGAGUGGGGCUUGAAUGAAAAGGCUUUUCAGAGUUCUCCACCUAGUGGCUCUGGUGGGUUUGGGAGUCCAAUUGAUCUCCCUCCUGAAGAGCCUCUCCAGUUGCCUCCCCUUGGAGAAGGCUUUGGUCCAUAUGUUCAGACUGAGAAUGGAGGAUUUUUGCGGUCUAUGAAUCCUGCUCUUUUCAGGAAUGCUAAAAGUGGUGGUAGCUUGAUUAUGCAAGUUUCCAGUCCAGUUGUUGUGCCCGCAGAAAUGGGUUCUGGUAUAAUGGAGAUAUUGCAGCGUUUGGCUUCAGUCGGAAUUGAAAAACUAUCGAUGCAGGCAAAUAAGUUAAUGCCUUUGGAAGAUAUUACUGGGAAGACAAUACUCCAAGCAGCGGGGGAAGCUACAACAAGUUUGGAGGGGCCAGAAAGACAAGUUUUGUUACAGGGUGAAUCAGAGAUUGAUAAGAAUGUAUCUAGUGGCCGAAAGAAAGUCAAAGGAAAAUCACCUGGAUCCAGAUCAAGUAAGUUUGACUCAAGUUCAAUUGCAGGCGAGAUGGAUUCAGAAUAUGUGUCUCUUGAAGAUCUUGCUCCGUUAGCGAUGGAUAAGAUUGAAGCCCUCUCAAUGGAAGGGUUGAGAAUACAAUCUGGCAUGUCAGAUGAGGACGCACCUUCAAACAUCAGUCCACAGUCUAUUGGUGAAUUCUCUGCCCUUGAAGGGAAGAGGGUAAACUUAGGUGGAUCGUUAGGUUUGGAGGGAGCUGGUGGGUUGCAACUUUUGGACAUCAAAGACAGUGGGGACGAUGUUGAUGGAUUAAUGGGCCUAUCACUAACAUUGGAUGAAUGGAUGAAGCUGGAUUCUGGUGAAGUUGAUGAUGAAGAUCAAAUCAGCGAGAGGACUUCUAAAAUACUUGCUGCCCAUCAUGCUACUAGCACAGACUUGAUUCAUGGAAGGUCUAAAGGGGAGAAAAAACGGGGCAAAGGUUCAAGUAGGAAGUGCGGUUUGUUGGGGAACAAUUUCACAGUUGCACUUAUGGUACAGCUGCGUGAUCCUUUACGAAACUAUGAGCCAGUUGGCACACCAAUGCUUGCUCUUAUUCAAGUAGAGAGAGUGUUUGUCCCACCAAAACCAAAAAUAUACAGCACAGUUUCAGAGGUAAGGAGAAAUAAUGAAGAGGAUGACGAGUCUGAGCCUGCCAAAAAGGAGGAGAGCAAAGAAGAGAAAAUUCAAGAAGAAGAUAGUGUUCCUCAGUUCAAAAUCACUGAAGUCCAUGUUGCAGGUCUGAAGGCUGGGCCUGAAAAGAAGAAGCUUUGGGGAUCCACUGCUCAACAACAGUCUGGUUCCCGUUGGUUGCUUGCCAACGGAAUGGGAAAGAGCAAUAAAAAUCCAUUUAUGAAGUCUAAGGCUGUUGCCAAAUCUUCUACCCCAGCUACAACUACAGUACAGCCUGGUGAUACCUUGUGGAGCAUCUCUUCUCGUGUUCAUGGCACAGGUGCUAAAUGGAAGGAAUUGGCUGCACUAAACCCACAUAUUCGAAACCCAAACGUUAUCUUCCCAAAUGAGAAAAUCAGGUUGCACUGAGCAGAGCAUGUCAUUCAAAGGAAAGGCUUCAGAAAGUGAUCUUCCAUCUCAUAGUAAACAGUGGUUAUCAUAUUGGAAUCUGCUUGGAACUGGUUCGAGUAUUUGAAACACAGCAAGACUGAACUUACUAAGAGAUGGGUUUGAAUAGAAACCACACAGGAUUUCUUCAUGAGGCCAGACAGGAUUAACAAGUUCUGCCUCUGAAGAUUCAUUUGUAAUUCACUGAACAUUGUCAUCUGUUAUAUGUUUGUGCAGUAAAGGGUAAAUGGCAAAUGGUUUUUAUUUAUUUUUAUUGUGCUCACUUGUAAGUGCAUAUGUUUGUCAGCAUGCUUGCGGGGAUGUCUUUUCUGUUAUUCCGAAGUAACAUUGUUUUAUAAUCUCAUGCAUGAAUAAAAUAAUGGUGGUUUUGUUGCAAA